AUGAAAUUUUCCACUAUUGUACUCUCCUCCGUUGCUUCAUUGGCAUCUUCUGUAAAUGCUUUUGACAUCCCAAACAUUGCCGGUGCUACUUGCGAAGUAAACUCUAAGGACUGGUUUGAAGUUUAUGAUUGGGAAUUCCAAUCAUUUGGCGCUAAAGAUCAAUAUAUCGGGUAUUGGUACACUGCUAACAACCCUGCAGUUCAUAUUACCUUGACAGGUGGUACCAAUGGUACUGAUUUCUUCAUCGGUAACAACGCCGUUAAAGACUGUUCUUGUAUCCCAGACACUCAACCUGACUAUCGUCUUGCUGAAGGUGCCAAAACCGAAUUGGAUGUCACCGUCAAGGAGGGCGAACUUCUCGGAUUCAGAAUGAGAAGUUGGGGAGUUGAUUUUGGCAUUGACUUUCAGCAGGAAACUAGUAUGUGGAGUCCUUUAAUGAAAUUGGAAGCAUGCUCAAAGUAA